AAAACAUAAACAUCAACCUUACCAACCCUAAUUCAAAGUUUAGAGACCCUUUCCCCAAUUUAAAAACAGGAUCUUACUCCAUAUAUCCCAAAAGUUAGGUCCUUUUCACCAACUUCUUCCACCACAUGCAUGCAAACACUCUUUAACCUAAGAACACCAGCAUGCAUUCAAUAUCAAAACACAAGCAAAUUUCUUGCAAGCUAUUCAUGCAAAUAUACUCAAACACACACACACACAACAACACAGACUAUUCUUCAAUUUGACCAUCAUUUCUCCAUUCUGAACUCUGUACUCUUUUAGAGUGUCUCAAAGAGACAUUGAAACUUUGAAACUUGCACCGCCAACUCCUCACUACCAAACAAAACACACACGCGCUGCACGCGCACACUCACACACACGCGCACAAUGCAUUUGAAUCCAGUCAGACAACCAAUGCAAGCCAUGCCACUUGCUGAUCUCUUUGGUCUAUUACAGCGUAUAGUCUUAACAAUAACACACCUGCAACCAAAGACGUUUAUGUAAUAAUUAUCUUUUUGUCUUUCACUAUUACUUUCCAUCCCUAUCACUCUCUCUGUCUUUAUAUUCACUGCUUCAAGUUCAUUUCCAUUGCAUUUGUAGAUUGGCGGUGAGAUGGCAAGGGAAAAGGUUGAGGUUACCAGGAAGGCAACGGCAAACAAACGGCAGGGAACCUUCACCAAGAGAAAGAAGGGGCUUACAAAGAAAGUCAGGGAGUUGUCCAUUCUUUGUGGGGUUCAAGUGGCUCUUUUGGCCUUCUCUCCUUCUGGAAAGCCUAAUCUGAUCCUUGGAGAAAACAGUUUUCUAGGAGAUGUUUUAAAUGCAUAUGCCAAGACCAGUCCAAGAGAGAGAGAAAAGAGUAAGCAUGGCCAUCUUAAGUCCCUCAAUAAAUCAUGCCAAAAACAAGGUCAUGAAAUGAACAUGGAACUACUUACAGCAGAAGGGUGAGCUUUUUAUUUUUCUUUACAUAGUCACUCAUUAAAUAAAGAAAUAAUCACUAGUAUACUUGUUCUCUAACUUGAUUUCAUCUUUUUGAUCUUACAGUGAAGCUAAGGCUGAA